AUGGGCGUGGAGGGCCCGGUGGUGCAGCCGGGCCAUGGCCUGAGGGACUACUACAGGGGCAAGAUCCAGGAGCUGGAGAUAGCCAUUAGGGACAAGCACCACAACCUGCACCGCAUCGAGGCGCAACGCAACGAGCUCAACAGUAGAGUGCGGCUACUCAGGGAGGAGCUGCAGCUGCUCCAAGAGCCGGGCAGCUAUGUAGGGGAGGUGAUCAAGCUGAUGGGCAAGAGCAAGGUGCUGGUCAAAGUCAACCCAGAGGGCAAGUAUGUUGUGGACCUUGGUGAGUGUGGAGCAGAGGCACAAAUGGAGGCCCGGGUCAUCGAGCUGCCGCUGAAGCACCCGGAGCUGUUUGAUGCGCUGGGCAUCGCGCAGCCCAAGGGCGUGCUGCUGUACGGGCCGCCGGGGACAGGCAAGACGCUGCUGGCGCGCGCGGUGGCCCACCACACCGACUGCACCUUCAUCCGCGUGUCUGGCGGCGAGCUGGUGCAGAAGUACAUCGGGGAGGGGAGCCGCAUGGUGCGGGAGCUGUUUGUCAUGGCCAGGGAGCACGCCCCCUCCAUCAUCUUCAUGGACGAGGUGGACUCCAUCGGCUCCGCCCGCACCGACAACAGCGGCGGCAGCGGCGACAGCGAGGUGCAGCGCACCAUGCUGGAGCUGCUCAACCAGCUGGACGGCUUCGAGGCCACCAACAAGAUCAAGGUGCUCAUGGCCACCAACCGCAUCGACAUCCUGGACCCGGCGCUGCUGCGCCCCGGCCGCAUCGACCGCAAGAUCGAGUUCCCCAACCCCGACGAGACCUCCCGCUUCGACAUCCUCAAGAUCCACUCCCGCAAGAUGAACCUGCAGCGCGGUAUCGACCUGAAAAAGAUCGCCGAGGGCAUGACUGGGUCCAGCGGCGCGGAGCUCAAAGCGGUGUGCACCGAGGCCGGGAUGUUUGCGCUGAGGGAGCGGCGCGUGCACGUCACGCAGGAGGACUUUGAGAUGAGCGUGUCCAAGGUGAUGAAGAAGGACACAGAUAAGAACAUGAGCAUCAAGAAGCUGUGGAAGUAA